CACCAUAAGAUCGCGUAUUGACAAUCGUAGCGCGGGACACGCGCACAUUGAAGCUAUAGCGCUCAUAUAUGUUAGGACCGGAGACCGGUCACGUCCCAGUUACCGCGGUGAGAGAGAGAGAGAGUGAGAGAGUGAAGGGUUUGUUCGUCGCUGCCGCCGUGUUGAAUUCACCCCGAUCCUGCUGGCAUAGGGCUCGCAAAUGGCGGAUCCAGGCUCGUCGGAACCGCAAGCAGAGCCGAGCUUGAAGGACAGAGGGAAUGCGGAGUUCAAGGCGAAGAACUUUCUAAAAGCCGCAGCGCUGUACACGCAAGCGAUUAAAGAGUCGCCGGAAAACCACGCGCUGUACAGCAAUCGGUCGGCGGCAUUCCUCCACCUCUCCAAGCUGACCAAGGCUCUAGCCGACGCGGAAACGACCAUCAAGCUGAACCCGUCGUGGGAGAAGGGGUACUACAGAAAAGGCUGCGCGCUUGAAGCCCUGCAGCGGUACGACGAGUCGCUGGACGCGUUCAAGGCCGCGGCGCAGCGGAACCCGGGCAACCCAGAGACGGCCGCCAAGCUCAGAUUGCUGACGAAGCUGGCGCGCGACCAGAAGCGAUCGCACGGCUCGUCGUGACCCACCGCACGGCGAUGGCGCGGCACGCGCGGCUCAUCUAGUAUCGUGAAGGCCCACGACACAUCACAUCACGCAUCGAAAGUCUACACCCUGGGGGAGGUAAAAAAGGGGGGCUGCUAUGCGAAUGACCACACAACCCAGCAUAGCCCUCUCAUGACUCGCCCCCUUUUAUUUUUUCUCACGGCUGAAUACAAAGCUUCUCCGUGUAGAUCUUGUUUAUCAAGAACCUUCCAGACAUUUCAUUUCCCUUUCACUGUCUAAUCUGACCAAAAAUAGACUUAAGUUUGAGGCUCAGGUUCCUGGUGGUGGCGUACCGUAAUCUCCCGGCAUGAGUACCCCCCGGAAAAAGGGACCUUGGGUCUUUUUUUCCAUGGUGUGAAAGUAAGAACUGAAUGGUGAACUAGAAGUUGAAACCUAGAACAAAU